AUGACCUUUGACACAGUGAACAACGCAUUCCUCUUUUAUCAGAAGUAUGCAAUGGCUUCAGGCUUCACUGCCAGGAAGUCUUCCCAAUACACACAUCAUGGUGUUAUAAAAUCUAAAUGGUUUGUUUGCUCCAAGGAGGGGACUAAACCUUUUAAGGCGAUCGAUACAUCUAAAAAGAUUGACACCUCAAAUAAUGGGUCAAAGAGGAAAUCUGUUCGACGUGUUCCUUCUAUAAGGACUGGGUGCAAAGCACAUAGGCAUCUACUCACCUCUAACCGAGGUAUGAACUAUAUGCAAGAGCAAGUCGUUAACGCGUUGAGUGCCUUGAACAUUGGCCCUGUGAAAGCGUUUAAUAUCAUGAGGACAUUGUAUGGUGGGUUUGACAAGGUUGGGGCAACCAAAAACGAUUUUAAAAAUUUCAAGCGAGACCUGAACAGGUAUAUAUCGGAGUUUGAUGCUGAUAUGAUGAUUAAACGGCUUUUGAGGAAGAAAGAGUACAUGCCUAACUUUUCAAUGGAGUAUAUAACAGACGAGAAUGGAGUUUUAAGGGGUUUGUUUUGGGCAGAUGAAGAUGCCAAAAGGAAUUUUUCUGUGUUUGGUGAUGUUGUUUCAUUUGAUGCCACAUAUCGUCGUAACAAGUACAACAUGAUGUUUGUUCCAUUUACCGGCAUCGACAAUCACAAUCGCAAUGUUACUCUUGGUGCUGCUAUAAUAGGAAACGAAACUGCUGAAACUUACAGUUGGUUGCUAAAUGUGUUUCGUCAAGCAUUUGGCUGUGCCCCUCCGGUGAUUGUCACCGACCAAGACCCAGCCAUGAAGAAGGCUAUCGAAGAUACAUGGCCCGAGAGUAGACAUAGGCUAUGCAUGUGGCACAUCAUGGACAAGCUUUCUGCUAAGGUUGGUGCUUCAAUCUGCAAUAAUACAGAUUUCAAAAAGAGGCUGUGUGCCAUUGUGUGGACCGAUUCAAUUAUACCAGUUAAGUUUGAAAGUGAGUGGGCUACCAUAAUAAACGAUUUUAACUUGGUUGAUCAUGAGUGGCUGCAGUCACUUUACCAAAUCAGGGAUACUUGGAUACCAACUUAUUAUCGUGAGGAGGUCAUGUCCGGGCUUAUGCGUACUUCUUCUCGUUCCGAGAGCGAGAACCAUUUCUUUGGACAGUUCUGUAACCCGGGUUGCACACUUGUCGAAUUUCUCGGGCAUUUUGAUUCUGCUAUUGAAGCUCAGAGACACGAGCACAGGAAGAAUGACCAUGACACCAGAAAUACAAACGCUGAAAUAUGGGCUGAAGACUUUGUUUUGGAGGAUCAAGCGUCCAGGAUAUACACACGCACUAUAUUUUUUGACCAGCAGUUGGAGAUACAAAACGGUAUACAAAGAUGUGCUAUCGGAAAGUGGGAAGACAUUGGUGACUUCGUUAACUUUUUUGUGAAGGACUGGGAACAACCAUGCACUACUUUCUUCGAGGUUAUGAUGCGGGAGGCCGACAUGACUGUGUAUUGUACAUGCAAAAGAUUUGAACAGUUUGGGUUGUUGUGCUCACACAUCUUUUGUGUGCUAAGGAUGCUUGACAAUAGGGAGUUUCCACAACGCUAUAUAUUACGACGUUGGACUCGGGAGGCUGUUCCAAAUAGUGCCCCUGGUGCUAUUCUAGGUAUCAAUGAGAUUGAGGAUCGUUAUAAUGAAGUUAACCGUGUUGUACGUGAGAUCACAUAUUCUACAGAGUCGGUUAUUAAUCAGCUUGUCACCAACUUUGAUGCGCUAUGCUCGUUCAGGGAUCAUGUUGUUAAUUAUUUCAAAACUGCUGAUGAGUCUGUUGUCAAUGCUCCACCUAAGAGCCGUCGUGAAAGGUUUGCAGAAAUUACUGGUAACACAAAACCAUCAGAAGCAACCGUUCGUGUUCCCAUUGGAACAAGAUUCAAAGGUAUGGGUAAGCCUAAACGGAUGAAGUCCAAACGUGAAAUUGCAGUAAGUCAGUUGGGUAAAAAGCGCCGUCAAUGUCAAAACUGUUUUAGAUACGGUCAUAACAGACGUUCUUGCAAAAACCCUACCCGGACUAAAGAACAAGCUAUGGCCAAGGAUCACGGUGAAGAAGCUGAUGAAGUCGACGAGGAGGAAGAUGAAUGGGAGGAAGUUGAAGAAGAUAUGGAUGAACAAGAUGAGGAUGCAUUAGACGAGGAGGAUGGGGAAGAGGAGUAG